AUGGUGCCCAUCUGUCGCCUUCAAGUUCUUCUCCUAUGGAGCCUCUCCUUUGCCACGACAGUAGCAAGAAUAAAUCAUGACUUGCAUGCUCACAGAGAGAGAGAUUUGUUGACUUCUCUGGAGCAAGCAGACCAGGACAGACAUCACUUCCUUCGCAAGCUCGAAGAAGGUGACAGGCGCCGGGUUCGUGGCUCUUUUGGAGCACGCUGCAAUGAUGAGGAACAGAAUCCCUGCCUACCCAACCUGGAUUGCACCAAUUUGGGGAUUCCUCUUGGCAAACGCUGUGCCCCAGUGAGCUGCAUUGCACAGGAAAUGGAGCUCUUUCAACAGGAUUAUGAUAUGGAAGCAUUCCAGACCACCAUUUUUGCAAAAGCAGGGAUCAACGAAACAGAAAUCUUGGAAAACUCAAGAUUGGGUUUGCCAGAAGAAGAAGCGUCUUCAUUACUGUCCCUUCGGGAGCAGUUUCGCACAGUGGCCGCUGCUGCCAACCCGACUGCCUUGAGGCAAGCUAUGCAAAGCCAUCCAGAACCAAUGCUAGCAAUGCAAGGAAUCUUACAAAAGUGCACUGCUACUGUUACACCUGCUGUUGUGAGCAGGCAAGCAAACACAAACACAAACGCAACAAACAAACAGGAUGAAGUCAUCACAUAUUAUGAUGGCAUGCAUUUUGAAGGUGGCCUGGCCUUGGAUGCUUCCUACACCCUAAUGCGUUCCACCAAUUAUACUACUAACGUUGUAUCGGAAUGGGGACGCAUCUGUCUUGGCGGGCUUCAUUUAGGUGCAGCUUUUUCUUUCACUUCUGGAACUGUGUCUACCAAUGACGCGGCUGCAGUUCCCUGUGUGUAUUGGAUGGCCGAGAUUGAUCUUCCUGUUCUGUUUCUUCCUUUUUCUUAUUCUAUAGGCAUUGGAGCCAAUGGUUUGACUAUAUCUGAAUUUGGACCCUAUUUGGGGCUUCUUGGGUUGGGCCUCAGUGCCGGCCUUGGAGGUUCCAUGUGUGGUAUCUUUACACAGUAG